CAAUUUUGAUGUCAUUUUCUCAUGUCAUCUUUGCAUCGUCCGGCAAAGAAACAUUUAUUUCAUAAAACACUAGAAAUUAUUGCAUUAUCAAAGUUAUUUAGGUGAAUAAUACAGGAUAUAAUAUUUAUACUUAACAAAUAUGGCUCGGCGUUAUGAUACACGAACAACAAUUUUCUCGCCGGAAGGUCGGCUCUACCAAGUCGAGUAUGCUAUGGAAGCGAUCAGUCACGCCGGAACAUGUCUUGGUAUCCUAGCAACGGAUGGUAUCUUGCUUGCUGCCGAGCGCAGGAAUACGAACAAACUGCUUGAUGAGGUGUUCUUCUCUGAGAAAAUCUAUAAGCUCAAUGAUGACAUGGUGUGCUCAGUGGCGGGUAUCACAUCAGACGCGAACGUCCUGACGAACGAGCUCAGGCUUAUUGCCCAGAGAUAUCUGCUGCAGUAUGGUGAAUCUAUCCCUUGUGAACAACUUGUGUCCUGGCUGUGUGAUGUCAAGCAAGCUUACACACAGUACGGAGGUAAGAGACCCUUUGGUGUUUCCAUCCUGUACAUGGGCUGGGACAAGCACUACGGCUACCAGCUGUACCAGUCAGACCCCAGCGGUAACUACGGUGGAUGGAAGGCCACUUGCAUCGGAAACAACAGCGCUGCUGCUGUAUCAAGUCUGAAACAGGAAUACAAGGAAAACGAGACUACCCUUGCUGAAGCUCAGGCCUUAGCCAUCAAGGUUCUUAGCAAGACUUUGGACAUGACCAAGCUGACUCCGGAGAAAGUGGAAAUGGCGACUCUAACCCGCAAAGAUAACAAGACUAUCAUCCGAGUUCUAACCAGUACUGAAGUGGAGAAGCUGAUUGCUGACUUCGAGAAGAGUGAGGCCGACGCCGAAGCCGCUAAGAAGCAGCCCCCCAAGUCGUAAUUUUUACUCCUGUUUGGAAUAAGUGUUCUCAUAUUGGUACAUUAAAUAUUUUACAGUAAA